UUCUUCAAAGCCAGCACGGAAAUGGGCACGCUUUAUACAUUGCAAACCUCCCAAACAAUGUCAUAAUUUGGACCUGAACGAAAGCAGUUGCUGCUUGUUUCCAUAACAGAGGAAAAAAUGUCUGCUAGCAGAACAGCUUCUUCUCACACUGGAGAGAUAGCACGGAGUAGAUCCGAAGGAACUGUGAUUGACUUGGACGAGAGCAAACCUUCAACGAGCUGCGAGUUGUCAGAUGACAAAGAGAAUAAAUUGGAUUUAAUCAUUGACUGUCCUGAGGUGUUCAAACAACAUGCUUACACUGUUUCCAAGACUAAUCCUUUCCGGAAUGAUCUGUCAGCAUCCAACCCAUUUGUAUCUGAUGUAGCUCAGUUAAGUAACAGUGACAAGAACAGUAAACACAUUUCUAUCUUAAAAGAAGACCCCUAUCUGUUCUCCAGAGAUUCAAGCAACAGGGAUUCUUUUGAUUCAUCAGGUGAUGAGCUAGAUAUUGAUCAUCUUCUAAGAAAGGCUUCAGCAGGGAAAUCUGGAAAAUCGAAGAGUGUCUCUGAGCUUUUGGACAUUGUAGAUGCCAAAAGAUUUGAUCCUGACAAGACAGCAUCCUCUGGCCAGAUUUUAGCUGCAGACAUGGAAUGGCUUCAAAAUGACCGUGAAGCCUACAAGAUGGCUUGGUUGAGUCAUCGACAGCUGGCCCGAUCUUGUCUAGAUUUGGAUGUGAUGAGUCAUAGUCCAGGAUGGGCACAAACACAACCUACAGAAACUCAUGUAGUUUGUAAACUGAAUCAUGAAGGGGGUUCAGUGCAACUACCUGACUCGGAUAUCGCUGUUCACAUCCCUGAGGGUCAUGUAUCACCUGGGGAAUUCCAAGAGGUUGGUUUACGGGCUAUUCUGAACCCUCCCCCAUCACUUAAUCAUGAUCUUUCAAGCACUGUGAGCCCAUUGAUAGAACUUACUUUAAGUAACCUCAACACAAUGGAAGCCAUUUUACUAGAAAUGAAAAUUGCAGCUGAAGUGAAGAAGGAUCCUUUCAGUCAAGUUAUGACUGAAAUUAUGGGGUUUUAUAGUCUCAACAAAGAAGGUCCUUUUGAAAAGCUACACAACUGCUACCUUUACAAAGAUACCAUACAAGUGAAGUUGACAGACCUAAGUCAUGUGAUGUACACAGUGGUUGCAGUACAAGCAAACCCAAUUCAGUCUCUGGCUACAUCUGUUUGGGAAUACAUCUACAGAAACCUCUGCAUUGGAAUUUAUGGGCCCAAACAUAUUCAUCCUUCUUUCACUGCUGUUUUUACUGUUUUUGGUCAUAACUACAUUCCAGAAAAACUCACAGUUUGUGACAUUAAAAAGGGUGGAAAGAGCAUGCCACCAGUGGUGUUUAAUCGGUGGGGAAAGCAUACAUUUUUACUUGACAAGCCACAAGAUCUAAGUGUUUCUUUGAUAUCCCGUGAUCCUGAUUUUGAAGUGAAGAUGGAAGAUCAAAGCAAAGAAAUUAAAGAAGGGCAGUUGAAAGCAGGUGAAGUUGUCCACCUGCAGUUUCCAUUUUCUGUACUGGGAACUGGGGAAAUGCAUUUGUUCACUUUCCUAGUUCAGAUUAAGGGCCCAAACAACAAUCUAGUGACGCAAUUCCCUAUUACAACUCCCGAUCCAGCUCCAAAAUUAACUGGGAUGACUAGUAAGCCAAACCGCUUACAGAAACGCAAAGAAAUCAAAUCUGCUCCUUUUUUAUUGACACCGACAGUUAAAUACCCCAAGUUUCAAGAUAAGACUUUAAAUAUUACCAGCUAUGGAGUGGCCUUGAAAUCUGUGCUUCAUCAAAGUAAGAUUGACUAUUUACUAGAGUAUUUUAAAGGGGACACAAUAGCGUUUCUCGGUGAAGAUAAAGUGAAAGCCAUUGGACAAACUAAAGUUAAAGAAUGGUAUGUGGGAGUUCUUCGCAGAAAGAUUGGUCUAGUGCACUGUAAAAAUGUAAAAGUGAUUUUAAAAGAACAAGCUAUAGAUAUCACUGAUAGCGUGCUGCCAACCAGGAAUCUUCUGGAACAAAUUGCACUGCCUUUUAAGAAAUUGACAUAUAUCUAUUCUUUAGUCCUAUCCACGGUAUCGGAGAGAGUUUACAACUGGAAAGCUUUGGCUGAUGUGCUAGGAUAUUCACAUAUGUCAUUGGAUGAUUUCAGUGAGGUACCAGCAGAUAAAGAAUCAGAAAGAGUCGCGUAUGUGGUGAAGAAAUUGAAGGAAGAUUGCCAUGCUAACAGACCCAGAAGGCAGUUUCUUUAUGAGCUCAUUGUUGCACUUCUGAAGUUAGAUUGCCAAGGAUUAGUAGCACGUCUUAUCCAGGACACUGUCCUUUUGACUUCGGCUGUCAAGCUUGGCAAAUGCUGGAGAGAGCUGGCAGAAAGAUUAGCGCGACUCACAAAACAACAAAUUGAGGCUUAUGAAGUACCUCACCGAGGCAGAAGUGGAGAAGUUGCCCUGGAGAUGAUGUGGAAACCUGCAUAUGAUUUUCUGUACACAUGGGGCGCUCACUAUGGAGACAGCUACAGAGAUGUGUUACAAGACCUGCAGUCGGCUUUGGACAAAAUGAAAAACCCUUUGACCAAACAGUGGCGAGAGUUAACUGGAGCUUUGAUUUUAGUGAACUGCAUGGAGACCUUGAGGGCAAAUGCUUUCCCCAAGAAGGAGGAAGACUAGUGUCAUAAAUAUAAAGGGAAAGGUAAACCCCUUUGAAAUCCCUCCUGGCCAGGGGAAAGCUCCUCUCACCUGUAAAGGGUUAAGAAGCUAAAGGUAACCUCGCUGGCACCUGACCAAAAUGACCAAUGAGGAGACAAGAUACUUUCAAAAGCUGGGAGGAGGGAGAGAAACAAAGGGUCUGUUUCAGAGGAACAGCCGUGUUAGUCUGUAUUGUCUGUCGGUAUGCUGGUUUCUGCCAGGGAUAGACCAGGAAUGGAGUCUUAGAACUUUUAGUAAGUAAUCUAGCUAGGUAUGUGUUAGAUUAUGAUUUCUUUAAAUGGCUGAGAAAAGAAUUGUGCUGAAUAGAAUAACUAUUUCUGUCUGUGUAUCUUUUUUGUAACUUAAGGUUUUGCCUAGAGGGGUUCUCUAUGUUUUGGAAUCUAA